AAGCGGGGAUGUGGGGGAGCCCCUCCACGGAGCCCACAAGAAGCAGGAGCGUGGCCGGACGGGGGCCGGCCUCAUCCUACGCCUCCGCCAAGGUGGCUGAGGGCCAGGAGCAACCUGGCAAGCAAGGAGCAAUCCUGCCCAACCUGUUCCUCCAGGCAGGAGGCCCCAGCACCAUCUGCCGUUCCCGGUUGGAGCGGUGGGCGCCGCAGAGCUGGGGACCCUGCAGCUGAGGGCGGGCAGGAGAGGAAGGGCAGCAGGCACGGUGAUGGGGAUGCUGAUGGCACCUCGGGGGUCCUCAUCCCAAAGUGUCCCCGGAUCGUGACCACCCCCAGCCCACCCCCAAAAACCAUUUUUGGGGUCUGUUUGGAGAGUGCCCGUGGAGGUGCAGCACCGCUGGGGGCUUAGUCUUAAUUCACCUACCCUGGAGUGUGUCCCUGGGUUGGAUCCUGGCACCAGCACAGCGCAGUGCCCCCGGGAUGCUGCUCCCUUGGUGGCUUUUUGGUAAAAUGGGGGGCAGUGAAGCCUGGAGAGAAGGGGGAGCAGGGAACAGCACAUCUGCCGAGCCAGGCACAGGAUGGACCCUCUGCGACCUCCUCCCACCAGGAAAUUCCUACCUUAAAAAAAAAAAGCCCAUUUUUGUCCCCAAAUAUUGCAAAAAUCCAAGAGAGGCAGCUUGAUGCCCUGCAGCGCUCAGCUGUGGGGCUGCAGGGGACACCUGAGUGAGGGGCCACGUGUGCCCGGCCGGUGGGGGAGGCUGGUUUCGGGGCUGGCCCAUGGGGGUCAGCCCUGUCUUCCUGGAAAGUGGCCUUUGAAACUACACGCCAUUUCCUCAAAGGUUUCUCAGGGGAAAGUCCCCCGGGGCGCUGUUCCCCGUGGCUGCAACUGUCACACCGCCUGCCCUCUCCAUAAAACGGCGGGUGCGGGCACGGGGACGGGGACAUCACACCAUGGGCAACUGGCUGGUCAACCACUGGUUCUCGGCUGCCGUCCUCGCAGCCUGGUUGGGCAUCAACAUCUUCCUCUUCACGUACUACUUUCUGUUCUUUGACCAGGAUGACCAUUAUUUCUACACCAGGGCCAUCCUUGGGUCUGCCUUGGCGUGGGCCCGGGCAUCGGCCAAGUGCCUCAACUUCAACAGCAUGUUGAUCCUGCUGCCCGUCUGCCGCAACCUCCUCUCCUUCCUCCGCGGGACCUGCUCGUGCUGCCGGCGGACGCUGCGGAAGCAGCUGGACCACAACCUCACCUUCCACAAGCUGGUGGCCUACGCGCUGGCCCUCUUCACAGCUGUGCACACCAUCGCUCACCUCUUCAACCUGGAGCGCUACAACAGCAGCCAGCAAGCCACCGACGGCAGCCUCCCCGCCGUCCUCUCCAAGAUGCACCUUCAGAACAACAAGUGGCUGAACCCCAUCCACUCCAACGAGACGACCGUCGAGUACGUGGCCUUCACCACCAUCCCAGGGCUGACGGGGGUCAUCAUCACUCUGGCGCUCAUCCUCAUGGUCACCUCCUCCACCGAGUUCAUCCGCAGGAACUACUUUGAAGUCUUCUGGUACACGCACCACCUCUUCCUCGUCUACUUCGCCGGCCUCGUCAUCCAUGGCAUUGCAGGGCUGGUGCGGGGGCAGUCAGAGAAGAGCAUGGAGGAGGUGCACCCCCACCGCUGCGCCCAGUAUCUCACACAGAAGUAUGAGGACUGCUGGCACGACUGCUGCGAAGAUCCCGAGUUCACCAGCAUCCCCGCUGAGUCCUGGAAGUGGGUUCUGGCCCCCUUCAUCCUCUACGUCUUCGAGAGGAUCCUCCGGGUCUGGCGCGCUCAGCAGAAAGUGGUCGUCACCAAGGUGGUCAUGCACCCUGCCCGCGUGCUGGAGCUGCAGAUGCAGAAGAAGGGCUUCCGCAUGGAGGUGGGGCAGUACAUCUUCGUCAACUGCCCCGCCAUCUCCCGGCUGGAGUGGCACCCCUUCACCCUCACCUCAGCACCCGAGGAGGACUUCUUCUCCAUCCACAUCCGGGCGGCCGGAGACUGGACGGAGCGUCUCAUCGACACCUUCCAGCAGGAGAUGCCCAGGAUUGAGGUGGACGGCCCCUUCGGCACGGCCAGCGAAGACGUGUUCCAGUACGAGGUGGCCAUGCUGGUGGGAGCAGGCAUCGGUGUCACCCCCUUCGCCUCCAUCCUGAAGUCCAUCUGGUACAAGUUCCAGCAGGCUGACCCCAUGCUCAAGACCAAGAAGAUCUACUUCUACUGGCUCUGCCGGGACACAGGAGCUUUCGCCUGGUUCAACGACCUGCUGGCCUCGCUGGAGCAGAAGAUGGCCGAGUCGGGCAAGGCAGACUUUCUCACCUACCGGCUUUUCCUCACCAGCUGGAACACCAGCAUCGCCAACAACGUGGCACUGCACUUCGACAACACUACGGACACGGUGACGGGCCUCAGGCACAAAACCAUCUUUGGGCGGCCCAUGUGGAACAACGAGUUCACGGCGGUGGCUGCGGCCCACCCCAGGUCAGUGGUCGGCGUGUUCCUGUGCGGGCCACAGAAACUGGCAGAGAGCCUGCAGAAGUCUUGCCAGCAACACUCCAGCCUGGACCCCAGGAAGGUCAAAUUCUACUUCAACAAGGAGAACUUUUGAGGCUGGGACCCUCCCAGUGCCAGAGCAUGGCCAGGGAUAAGCAUCUCCUGAAGAGCACACGCACCGAAGCCGGCCAAGGCAUGGGCAAGGUUCUCCUUCUUCUCCAUGAGAAACUCCAGGUUCGAAGACUGAUGCCUUCUUGACCCUACAAGGGUUCCCUCACGGGGGGAGCAGGCUUGCAGCUCCAGUUCCACCAGUAAAGAAGCUGCGAUGCUGCUGGAGCAGCAGGAGUGCCCAGCAGGCUGGGCAGAACCACAGGACAGGGUUGGGGACGGGACACACCGGGGGCUUGAACUGCUUAAUCCGGGUGAAAACAGUCC